UCGAUGGAAAAACAAGUGAGACACAAACGUAAAGAGGCUGAACCACUACAGGACCAGGACUGAGAGGAACCACUACAGGACCAGGACUGAGGAGAACCACUACAGGACCAGGACUGAGAACUGAACCACUACAGGACCAGGACUGAGGAGAACUACUACAGGACCAGGACUGAGGAGAAGUGAACCACUACAGGACCAGGACUGAGGAGAACUGAACCACUACAGGACCAGGACUGAGGAGAAGUGAACCACUACAGGACCAGGACUGAGGAGAACCACUACAGGACCAGGACUGAGGAGAAGUGAACCACUACAGGACCAGGACUGAGGAGAACUGAACCACUACAGGACCAGGACUGAGGAGAAGUGAACCACUACAGGACCAGGACUGAGGAGAACCACUACAGGACCAGGACUGAGGAGAACCACUACAGGACCAGGACUGAGGAGAACUGAACCACUACAGGACCAGGACUGAGGAGAACUGAACCACUACAGGACCAGGACUGAGGAGAAGUGAACAACGAUGGACUAUGAACCAAAGAAAUCCAAAAAGGGUUUUGUCUCCCCCAUUAAGCGGUUGGUUUGGUCCAAGUCUCGUCGCAGGUCUGUGGAUCGAGGCAGCGUUUACCGCCGCCCGCUACACACCGUCCCCCUGUAUCCCCCCGACUACGUCAUCCACCCGGAGAGACUGAUCUUCGACUAUGUGGAGAAGGAGGUCAAGUUCCUUGGUCACCUGACCUGGGUGUCGGUCACACUGAAUCCCUCCAGUCGAGAUGAACUCUUACAACUACUGGAUACAGCCAGGCAGCUGAAGGUUCUGCCGUUGAGGACCAGUGUGGACCAGGACUGUAUUCUGAGUCUGUCCGCUCGUUGUCUCCUGCUGACGUGGAGGGACAACGAGAAGCUGCUGUUGAGGGUUCCAACUCAUGAGAUCGCUGCUGCCUCCUACCUGAGAGACGACGCACUGCACCUGCUGGUCCUCAAGACGGGUCUGAACGUGGACACUGUGGUUGCCGGGGACGAUAGCCUAGACAGGAAAAAGCCGACAGCCAUCGAUGGGCGACGUCAAACAAUGAGCUGCAAUGCCGACCCGCGGCCAGCCGGGGGCACAAUGGAGCGGCGACACACCAUCUGUGGAGUGGACUGGAGGCCGUCACUGUCCAGGAGUAACCACGAGAAAAACCCGAGCGUGGUUACUCCUGGGGGUGGAGGGGGGAGAGGGGGAGGAGGUAGUCUGGAGAGGAAGAGGGUGGGAGGCAGCUGGGAGAGGAGGCAGCAAACACGUAAACCUGGAGGCAGCUGGGAAAACCGCAGGGCGAGGCCUGUGAGCGGGAGCUGGGGGGUGGGAGGGGGAGGAGCGGGGAGCUGGGAGAGGAGGCAUGGAGGAGGGGGAGGAGGAGGGGGGAGCUGGGAGAGGAGAGGAGGAGGAGGAGGAGGAGGAAGCUGGGAGCGACGGCAGGCCUGCACAGGAAGCUGGGAGCGGGGGAAGAGCUACGGCAGCUGGGAGAGGAGGAACCACAACCCGCUGGAGCCCACGCCCUGUCCGGACGCCUACUGCAACCUGGUGGUCCUGGCUGUGGAGAACAGGGACGCUGCAGAGGAAUACUGUUCUCUGAUUUGUCAGAUGUUCCAGAUUAUUUAUGGCCAUCAGACCAUCGAGUGUGUGGACAGGGCGGGGUUUCACCACACCAUGCCGGACCGCUAUUGGCUGCAGAGGAGUGACAGUUGUUUGAGCGACAGUUCGUUCAGUUAUGAUCCAGAGUUCAGCUGCUGCAGCUCUUAUGACGGCUCCCAGGAAGCAUUUGAGCUCUACUACAGUGAGACGUACAGUGAGAGUUCCUCAGUGUCUCUGCAGGAGUCUCGUCACAGUCUGACCUCGGCCAGUGACCCCGGAGAAAGUAACCCCGCCCUGCUGCUGAUGCACGAGUACAUGAUCACGCUGAGAAACAAGCUGAGUGCAGUGGAGCUGCAGCAGUUCGCUGUGUUACUGAGAGAAUACAGACUGGGAUCAAACAUCCAUCACUUUUGCUCUGAGCUGCUGCAGCUGUACGGAGACGACCACAAGUUCCUGCUACUGGGCAUGCGUCCAUUCAUCCCAGACAAAGAUGUUGGAGUGUUUGAGAGUUUCCUGGAGAGCAUUGGGAUCCGAGAGGGCGGGAUUUUAACCGACAGCUUUGGACGCAUCAAACGCAGCAUGAGCAGCACAUCAGCCACGGCCAUGAGAGGGUACGACAACUCCUCUCACGCCUCAGGAUCUCAGGAAUUCAACCGACGCAUCUCGGACAUCGCCCACGACAUCCAGGCGCUCGGCUUCCAGGACACACACGGAGACAUCGAGGAGGAGGACUACUACCUCUGAUGGAGGGACCCUGCCCAAGUGCCUCUGAGCAAGACCAACACGUCACCCCCCCAGGUUUUCUCCUCAAUGUAAACGUCCUGAUGUUGGGGCCUUUUUUGAUGAUGUCGCUGUAACUAAGUUAUUGUGCAGAACAAUAAAGUUUUCUUUGAUUAAUUUCACUGACAUAACUGCA